GUUUCUGCGGCAUGUCAGUAAGCAAAUUUUCAGAUUCUGACAAGGAAAAUGUCAGAUUAACCUCAAUUCGAUCGGUUAGCUGUACGUUAUUACGUACAAGACAAAUUUCAAGUGACUAUUCUCAAAUUAAAUUAUUCCAUUUGAUGAACGUCCAUUCUGGUCCAAAUGACGUGAAGCAAAAUGUCGCCUGUUCCUAUCAAUCUACUCAAACACAUAUGGAAACUGAAGUUUUUAAAAUAAUAUGGCCACAAACUCCGAUAACUGUGACGAAACCGUGCCUGAAGAUGGAUCCAAGCUAUGCGAUGCAGAUGUGCCUGAAUGGAUAUUGGCCAGAGAAGGGAUAAAACUCAUUAUAAAUAACAAAAUCGAUCAAGCUGAGAAAUUAUUUUCGAAAUAUCCUGAAAGCAUUGUUAUGCUUGCUGGGCAUUCUUUUGCUAUCAUGAUAGACGCCCUCAUGAGUUACGAAGAGGAAAAACUUUCCGUGGCCCUUCUGUCUCUCAGAGAAAUCGAAAGGAGAUGCGUCACAGAGAGCGGAUGGUUGAAGCAAGUUUCCCAAAAAUUGUUCGGCAAUACCAGCGAGAUGAAGCCCGUUCAAUCGCUGGCAGACCAGCUGGAAAUGCAAAUCAUUUUGGCGGACUCUCAGGUUUGCAUAGCCAUCUUGAUUUUUCUGAGGCAGGACAUAUCUGGAUAUUUCAAGAGCGGAUGGGUGCUGAGAAAAGCGUGGAAAGUUUAUCAGAAAGUGUACAAAGAAAUAUCGAAUUUGUACGAGAAAAAUGUUGGGAACUUGAAUUUGCCAGAUACAGAUCAAGCUUUCAUGUCGUCAAACUCCUUGCGGGAAAUGCAAUGUUCCUCGGUACCGGAUUGGGAAGUCCCGGAAUCCUUCUCCAAUGGGUACACCAAACUACUUCCCAAUUCCAAAUCCGACCAAUUCCGUUGUCCGUCCAAUAACAAUCGAACUGUCGACACCUCCAAGAACUCAGAUCUCGGUUUUCCAACCAAAAAAUAUAGUUUAACAAGUUUCAGUUUUCUGAAGAAGUCCAUGUCUGUUAAUAGUGCUUUGUCCAAUCAUACGAGAGAGGGUUCUUGGAGGGACAGUGGUCCUUUUUCCUCAUUCAUUCCUUUUUCUCUUCUAUCGAAGGAUAACAUGGAGAAUCAAAAAAUCGAGAAGGAAGUGAUAAUACGCCUCAUGGGUGCCGUUUCAUUCGGCUAUGGGCUAUUCCAACUGGGGAUAUCUCUUCUGCCGCCCACGCUGAUGAGGCUGAUCAAUAUAUUGGGAUUCGCGGCUGAUCGUCAAAACGGGCUGGCCUGUUUGAUGUACGCCCGCCUGGGAUCGGAUAUGAGAGCCCCUCUAGCAACUUUAUCUCUUUUGUGGUUCCAUACAAUUGUAAGGCCAUUUUAUGCCAUAGACGGUACCAACGUCCAAGCUGGAGCAGACGUUUCAACAUCCCUUCUCAAUGAAUCUGAAGAAGAAUUUGGCCAGUCGUCGCUCUUCCUCUUUUUCAGGGGUCGAGUUUGCAGACUAAACUCUGACACAGAAGGAGCCCUGAAGAACUUCCAGAGCUCAGUGGAGAACUCCAGCCAAAGGGAGCUGAAAGUUUUGUGCAUGCACGAGAUAGGAUGGUGUCAUCUGAUCGAACUAGACUAUUGUUCUGCUCAGAACACUUUCCUCUAUUUGAAAUCGUCCAGCAGAUGGUCCAAAGCGUUCUAUUGUUAUCUGGCUGGGAUUUGUGCAGGUAGCUGCGACAAUUUUCUGCAAUUCUGUCUCAUCGAAGAUAUGGCUACUUUAUUGAAGAGUCUACCAAAAGGAACACAAUUAGAGGAGUUUCUAAUGAAGAGAAACAACUGUUUGAUAGACUUGGAAACAGCAAAAACAAAGGCGACUGUUUUCUGGAAACUUUUGGUUUUUGAGAUGUUGUACCUGUGGAACGCCUUACCUAGCUGUCGUAUGUCUGUGAUUGAUGGAAUAAUAAGAGAUUGUUCGGAAGUUUCUGACCCAAGUCAAGAGCCUAUGAGAGGUCUUUCAUCGCUGAUUUUGGGAUGCAGCUACUGUGUCCAGAACCAAAACGAUAAAGCAGUGGAAAGUUUCAGGAUAUGUUUGGACGUGAGGAAAAAUCUUGCUCCGAAUUGCAGUGAUGCUCAUAUCUCCGCCUUCUGUCAAUAUGAACUUGCGUCACUUUUGGUGAAAAAUGAAGAGACAAGGGAGGAAGGGAAGCUACUUCUGCAGAAGAUGAAUCAAUAUACGAAAUAUGAUUUCGAUCAAAAACUCAAUGUCAGAGUUCAUUCUUUAUUGAGGCAAUAUUGAGGUGUAGAAUUGACAGACAAUAAUACUCAUAAUGAAAUGUUCAUAAAUAAAUAUCGUAUAUUAUUA